CAGAAAAUAAAUAAGCCUUCUGUUAAUGGAACAAAAAGUCUAGUAGACAAGGGUUUUGAUGUGCCCCAACUGUAAAAAUUUCACAAGAAAAAGGAGGUUGAUGUGGUGUUGACCUGUGGAGAUUUGUUUCAAAAACCAAUCGACUAAAGCAUUUGUAGAAUUUCUUACUCAAGCUAUGCAGUGGCUCCAAGAUACAUAAGUAUGGUAUUCUAGACAGAACAAUUUCUAUUGGAGAAUUCAGGCUCUUCCACAGACAUGAUCUUGUAACCUAUGUGCAGGCUUGACAGUAUAAUUUUUACUCUGUAAAUUGUAAAACGUCUGUGCAUUGACAAACCUAAUUGUCGUUGGUCUAGUAUUAUGCAUAACCAGAAGUGACUCUGGUAUACUGGCUCCACAUGCAACAUUAUUAGUAUAAAUUGGAAGUUUAUGCCAUAUGUUGUUCUGGAGACCAUACAGAAUAAUUUCACAUGGCAAGAUAUCGGUAUUACAUUUCUGCCAAUACAGUAUUAAAUCAUUAGGCCAUUCUGUGUUAUUGCCUUCUGGUGGGCUUGUUAAGGAAGUUAUAACUAACAGUCUAAAAGUAUAGAUUUGCAGGAGUACGGGAUGUUUGAGUCUAAAGGACUCUUGAUUUUUCACUUGCAUGGUUCUACACAUAAUGUCGAAAGAGAAUGAUACCCAGAGCUCAUAGCUCAAGUCUCCGAUUUCAACCAGAAAAGAAUUAUGGAUCAUCAAUAUCAGGAAUUAGAAUCUAGAAGAAGUGGUUCCUUUGGUCGUUUGAGUCAUGCCAGUUCUUCAAGGAGGCGCUCUUUCAGUAUAUCAUUUACUUCGUCCGCACAAAAUGAUGAUGCCGUUGAAAGUGAGUCUGUCUCUGAAGCUGGGGAUAUCGGGGAUAGGGCACUUCACAGCAACAGAAUCAGUGAAAGUGGGAGGAGUAUUUUCUCCUUGGAUAAUGUGGCAGAAAAUGGAAUUGUCGUUCCUAUUCCAGAGGACACUAAUACUUCUUUCCCAGUGACUCCAUCAGCUUUGGAAAACAUAUCUCCCCUUUCUCUUGAUGCAAUUAUUCAAUCUGGAGAAAAAAAGAAAGAUGAGAAAGAAGUUCCUUGGUUGUUGGAGUACAUUACAUGUCUGCUUUCUCUUGCUGUAUUUGGAAUUCUAGGGGUUCUAGCUAGAUAUGGCCUCCAGAAACUGUUUGGACCUGAGGUAGUUGGUGCAACAAGUGAUGGGAGCUACAUGUAUCUUGAUCUCCCUUCGAAUAUGGUUGGUUCAUUUCUGAUGGGAUGGUUAGGAGUUGUUUUCAAAGGAGACCUUUUGAAAAUUUCAGAUCAGUUAGCUAUUGGUUUGACAACUGGUUUCCUUGGAAGCCUUACAACUUUCAGUGGUUGGAACCAAAAGAUGCUUGACCUCAGCGUUGAAGGUCGAUGGGUCUUUGCUGUGCUUGGCAUUCUUAUAGGCUUGUUUCUGGUUGCCUAUUCCAUCGUUUUUGGGAUUGAGACUGCCAAGGGGUUCAAAUGGGUUUACAGACAAUCAAAUAUGAGAUCCUUCUGUGCCAUUAGUAAUUGCUUUCGUGCUUGUAUUUCAAAUACGUACCGCUGUGUCUUGACAUUUAUGGUGAUGCUUUUGUUGAUGCUGGGCCUCUUAUGGGGUAUAUUUGGAAGUCUAGAGAAGGAUGAGUUUAACACUGGUAGCAGUGAGGCUCAGUUGUUCUUAGCUUGCAUGGUUGGACCUUUUGGUGUCUGGAUUAGGUGGUUCUUGGCUCGUCUUAAUGGGCGUGGCCUAGGAAAAAACGGCAUGGUAAAAUGGAUGCCCUUUGGGACUCUUGCUGCCAAUGUUCUUGCAGCCUGUGUUAUGGCUGCACUCGCCACACUGAAGAAAGCGGUUAAAUCUACGAACUGUAACACUGUUGCAUCCGGGAUCCAAUUCGGACUACUUGGUUGUCUAAGUACGGUUUCAACUUUCAUUGCUGAAUUCCAUGCGAUGAGAGAAAGCACACAUCCAUGGAGGGCUUAUGCUUAUGCAUCAAUUACAUUUUCAAUCUCAUUUGCACUGGGAACUCUUAUGUACUCUGUGCCCGUCUGGGCCAGGGGCUACAAUUAGACAAGAUCACCAGGCUUCACUGUCUUUCUAAGUCGCUGCAAGCAAAGAUCUUGUGUGACAGUGGCAUCACUAUUGUCGGUCAGUCCGACUCAGUCAUUAACAAGAUUGGUGCCAGCUUCACUGCAGUAAACCAUACUGAACUUGAAGUUGCAACUAAACCAGCAGCUGGCAUUACAAGAUGCGGAUAAAUCUUGUUGCAGGAAAUGCCCUUGUUCGUAUAAAUUCCGUGGGGAAUAGCUGCACCCGAUAUAUUGGCAUUUACAGAACAUAGUCUUCUGUCCCUAGGACAUAACAUACUUCUUACAAGGCCUUAUUCCCUCCUCCAGUUUAUGAAAAGGGCGGUUUCAACUUCCAUAUGGAGUACUGCACCACGGUUGUUCUUCCUUGUCCCUGUUCAUAGUGUUGAAUGAUUUUCAACCCAAGUACUUCUUGGUUUUGUUCAGGAUCUGUGAACUCUGCACUAGUAAAAUAUACUCUUGUCGCAUUGUGUCGGAAUUGUUUUUCUAAGGUUAAAUACAAUUUAUCUCCAUAUGAUAUGUAAAUGAGCAUAAAAAUUUCAUGUAAAUCAAUAGUUUAGAUAGAGUGUAAUUUGCUUAAUUUUCAAAACACAGGAAAAAAUUUGUUAAUUUUUUUUUCAGAAAUUUUUGUACUCGUUUCUCGUAUUCUA